GCCGCAUAUUACAUGCCAUUAGCUCCAGCUGCGAUCCUAAUUCAUGACCCCCUCUGCUUGACUAGUCCCGUUUCCCAACGGUUCUGAAUGCUGGGGUCUGUACAAAAGUCAGCCUUCGGAUCAGCCACAAUCGGCCUGCAUGGCAUGCCCCGCAACUGAUCCAGGACGGAACCAGUCUGGUCAGCAGCAGCCUGCAUGGAGUCUUGCAUGCGGGUCCAACGGCUCAAGUGGGGGGACGGGAGGCUCUGCGUUGUCGUGUUUUCGAGGCGGGCUGUGCCCGGUGACGCCGGGGAGCGGCGACAGGUUGUUGUUGACGCUGCGAUCGCAGGCCUUGGUACGAUGUGGUUUUCCCCCUUUUCAACAAAAUGCACAUCCUUCUCUUCCUCUGGAAAAUGUGUCCGUCUUCCAAACAACCAUACGAACCGUCAAAGAUCGAUCGCGGUCGACUUCAUAAGCUCCGCGGAAGAGAUCUCGCUCCAGUACACAGUCAUUCAGGAGUGUAUGGAUGUUUCCCCUCAGUGGAAAUCGACCGUCCGCCGAGAUUCCUACCUCCGCCGCCGCAAAAAUAGGCCGCCCUCAAACCUUCCAGAUCCAGAAGUUCUUGAGCACGACUCCCGGCAGCGAGCCCUUCCCCCUGGCCGCCGUGGGGCCGCAGACCGACCGCCAGAGCCGGCUACGAGGCUACAUUGCCCAGUUUGACACGGUCUACUCGCCAUCGAACCGAUCCUACUAGAUAAAUAAGUUGUGUCAAUGACCGGCCGCAGUCAUGCGCCGCCGGAUCCGCUGCAGCAGUACGAGUACAGGCUGGCGUGCCCCUUUGCCAAGUCUGACCCAGAAAGAUACACGAGUGCCGCGGCCAGCACAUGCAGGGCGGGAUUCAAAGAGCUGAGGGGAUUGCCUGAACACAUAUGGCGGAAACAUACUUCAUUCUUCCGCUGCGGCUUCUGCCCUGCCACGUGGAACAUCUCCUUCGCCCGUCGGGAAGUCACCAAGAUGAAGGAGCAGCACUGGGCGACCUGUGAGGGAAAACGCCACGGCACUCCGUACCUCUAUGAAUCCGGCCGAGACGACAUGGAGCUGCUGGAUUGGGACCAGCAGCGGCGCUUCGAGUUGACCAAGUCGAUAAAGAACAAUGAUGACAAGCUCAAGGCCCUGUACGACGCGUGCGAUAAGCCCCUGCCGGAUUCCUACUACAUAACCGAUAAUCAGCCAGACCCGGAGUUCUGGCGCGGUUUCACCCAGCCCAGCGCAGAGGGCCAAUACCUGCAACCAGGGAGCCGCACCACGGCCCGCAACGUGUCACGGCGCGACGCCCAAGCCACCCAUGACAACUGCGAGGUCAGCGGUGCCAACAUGCCGCCGGACGCCAAAUCCGCCGACUCCGGGUAUGUGAGUAACUACUCGCCGGCCAAUGGGCACCCAUUCCAGCAGCAGCAGCAGCAGCAGCAGCAGCACGAAGACAUGUGCUUCUGGCCCCCUGCGUCAUCCCAUGGUGACGGCGGUGCUGCCCCUGCUGUCACCCCAGGCUCGGGGGAGAUCAGGCUUGACAUCGACCUGUAUCCUGAACUCGAAUGUUUUCGCUAUAGCGUUGUCGAUACUUCGUCCUACGACAGUGCAGGCUUGUCCCCGUCGCACAGUAGACACCAAGCCCUACUCGGGCUCGAUCCCCCCGGUCCGGGAGAGGCGGACUUUGUGGAUCCUAUGCUGUGGGGUGUCAACAAUUUCGAGGUCGAGCUGUUGGAACACCCUGGUGAUCAGGCAUCAGAAUGAGGUCGUCUGGCAAGUUGAUGAAUCGUUCUUCUUUUUUUUUGUUUGUUUUUGAGUGGCAGGUUGUACUGGUCAAGUAUGGCCCGAGAAGGAGAAGCAGUCACGAUAGGUCCGCAGCAGGUCCGCCAUGGUCGAUGGUAAGCCCGAUGAAUGCCUUGUCCUUGCAUCCUCUGGUCUGUACGGAGCGGUGGAUGGAUAUCUUCAUGUUUAAAUGCAUAUAGCGGCGCGAUAGAGUCUGCUUCAUAUAGAUUAUGCGAUGACCACUACUCGCUAUCGGA